AUGACAACUAUAGCUGGUAGAAGAGGACACGGUGACGAUGCCAUAUUAACAGGGACUCGUAGAAGUAUCCAUUCCAGUGCGUCUUCUUCCUCUUCUUCUUGGGUGCUGCCUGCUCUUGCGUGCAAGCUUUCCAUCAGACUCUUACCCCCAUUACUUACGGAAACAAGCUUCCUCCGCCAGUUAAAUGCUUAUUUAGACAGAGAUCUUCAAGUCGGGUUAAAGGAACUUUAUUUUGUUGGUGGGUCGUUACCUGUGAACUCAUACGAAGCACCUAUCUAUUCCACAGCUUAUAUUCUCUUUACCAAGGAGUCAUUACUUCAGAGGUUUCUAGAGCAAGUUCAAGGGAAACAAUUCUACGAGUCACAAGAUGAAGAGGAACCCGAAGCAUAUGUGCCAUCGCUUAUGAGAUGUAUCAAUUCCAAGUUUCCUCAUAAGCCAGAGAGCAUGACCAAGAUAGAGCAAUACUUGUCAACAGAGUCUCAAGAAGAAGAUGUAUUUGAUAGGAUACACAAGCUCACGGCGUACAAGCGGUUUGUUGAUUAUCUCAAUGAGGAAGUGUCUUCGUAUUCUUUGGUUAAGCCAAAGGUUGUGAAGAUGAAGAUGAAGGAGCCAAAGAAAGGCGAUGGAAGGCAACAAAAGAGUAGCAAUGGCAAGAAACGGAGAAAGAGAAAGAAGAAGGCAAUGAAAGAAAAGUCUAAGGACACUACUACGGAGUUGACUGAGAUUAAGGAUGGGAAGAAGAAGAGACAAAGAAAGAGAAAGAAGAAGACCAAGGCAGAUACUGAAGCAACUGGUACACUUUCUGCAGAAGUUUCUGCUACAUCUGAAAAAGCUUCUGCUACAUCAACUGAUGGUGAAACGAAAAAGAGAAGGCGCAGAAGAAGAAACAAGCCAUCCAAGGAUUUGAAGGAACAGUCCACCAAUAAUUCAGAGCAUCAGACACAACAACAACAACAACAAAAGAAGAAGGUUCCUAUUUUUGUCAAAGACCAAGCGAAAGACAAGAAAGACAUGAAAGAUAUGAAAGAUAUGAAAGACAAGAAAGACAAGAAAGACAAGAAAGACAAGAAAGACAAGAAAGACGAAAAAGACCCGAAAGACAUGAAAGACAAGAAAGACAAUGACGAUAAGGGACCGGCUAAACGGAAGAAUAGACGAAGAAACAGAUCUAAGAAGGAAGACAGUGGAGGAUCGUCUAAGAAGUCUAGCUCAUCCAAUGAAAAGAAGUCUAUCAAGGACAAGGCGGAAGACAAUGUCAAUAAUUAG